AUGAAGGCGCUGGGCAAGAUGGGUGGUGGCCGCUACAUCAUCACGGCCUCCAAGGCUGGGGUCAAUUGUGCCGGCGUGGCCACCUGGCUGAUGCCUGCGAGCACGGAGCCGCCCUCGGUGGCCAUGGCCGUCGCCAAGGAGGACGCGCUGCAGACGGUGAUGCAGGUCGGGGAGACGUUCGUGGUGAACAUGCUCGAGGAGGGCAACUACCUGCCGCUGCUGAAGCACUUCCAGCAGUCGUUCGCCCCAGGCGCGGACGUCCUCGAGGGUAUCGAGGUCCUCCAGGUGGAGGGCGGCUCCGCGCUGAAGGGCGGCUGCGCGUUCCUGACCUGCAGGGUGAGCUCGCGCAUGGACGCCAGCGACCACACCAUCAUCUGCAGCGAGGUGGUGGCGGGGGAGGUGCUCCGCGAGGCCCCCAUUGCGGCCAACUACCGCAAGACUGCCGCGUACUACUGA